UCUACUUCAUUCAAGUGUUAAUGCACUGUGUGCUGCAACAGUCUGCACAUCCUGAUAGCUCGACGUGGCUGUAUCGACUCGCUGUGGCGUUGCCACUGUUUUAGAUUUUCUUUUCCUUGGAUAUAAAUGACUGAUUGCCAAAUGGUUUCCUCAGAUUUCACAGCAAAUGAGAAGAUGGAGAUUGAGAGCAUCAAGACACAUAAGAAAGACCUUCUGGAUGAUAUCCAGAAGUUAAAGAUGGAGAUAGACAACGUCAUGGCGGAAAUACUCAGCUUUGAGUCUGCAGAGGAAAACAAGACCAUAGAGAAGAGCAAACAGUUCGCCAACGGGAAGAAAAAGUUCAACAUGGACCCUAAAAAGGGCAUCAAUUACCUGGUGGAAAAUAAACUGCUGGAUGGAAGAGCUCAUUCGAUUGCUGAGUUCCUCUACAAGGAGGAGGGACUCAACAAGACAGCCAUUGGAGAAUUUCUUGGAGAAAGGGACGAACUCCACCUCCAGACCCUGAAGGCCUUCGUGGAACUGCACGAGUUCUCCGACCUCAACCUGGUGCAGGCCCUCAGACAGUUCCUGUGGAGUUUCCGUCUGCCCGGCGAAGCCCAGAAGAUCGACCGCAUGAUGGAGGCCUUUGCAACUCGCUACUGCGACUGCAAUGCUCUUGUCUUCCAGUCAACCGACACGUGCUACAUCCUGUCAUUUGCCAUCAUCAUGCUCAACACCAGCCUGCACAACCCCUGUGUAAAGGACAAAACCACUCUGGAGCGUUUCAUCUCCAUGAACAGAGGCAUCAACAAUGGAGAGAAUCUACCUGAUGACCUGCUCUCGAAACUGUAUGAGAGCAUUCGCAACGAGCCUUUCAAAAUCCCAGAGGAUGAUGGGAAUGACCUUACACACACCUUCUUCAACCCCGACAGAGAAGGCUGGCUCCUCAAACUCGGAGGUCGGGUUAAGACGUGGAAGAGGCGAUGGUUCAUCCUGACUGACAACUGCCUCUACUACUUUGAGUUCACCACAGACAAAGAGCCCCGAGGCAUCAUCCCUCUGGAGAAUCUCUGCGUGAGGGAAGUGCCGUAUCCUCGCAAACCAUACUGUCUGGAGCUGUACAACCCCAACAGUCGAGGGCAGAAGAUCAAAGCGUGCAAAACUGAGACAGAUGGCAGAGUGGUGGAAGGGAAGCACCAGUCCUACACCAUCUGUGCCCCCAGCGCAGAGGAGAGAGACUCCUGGAUCGAGGCCAUCAGAGCAAGUAUCACAAAGGAUCCCUUCUACGACUUAGUCUCAGUCCGGAAGAAGAAGGUGAUAAACCAAGCUCCUCAAGACUGAGCCGUCCAGCGCCUCCCCAUGGACGUUUCUUGAUACUGCACCACAGUUGUACUCAGUCCCCCUUCAUGUUGAAGUAAAAUACUCUGCAACACGACUGAGUGGGGACACUGGAGACUGACGGUGGACCUUCAGGCUAAAAGAGGGACUCGUCUUUCUGCUUCUCUUUUUACAGACUGGACUGAACAGAGUCAACAGUGAAAACUCAUUUCAGUCUGACAAGUCAUAAAGAAUUUAUCAGUAAAAAUGGUGCCAGCAGGAGCUGAAUGUUUGGACUGAGCUGUUUGUGGAUUUUUUUCUGUUUACAGAAUUUUUAAAAAAAGUUCCUGUGUAUUUAUGCAUUUUUCUAAUAUUUUCGACCACGAGAAGUUGAUUUUUGGUUGAUGUCUGUCUGUCUGUCUGCUCCACAAGAUUUAUUUUCCAGGAUCAGUAAGACAACUAGAGCAUGUGAUGUCCCUGCCUGUGUGCUAUAAAAAGGCAAGACAUUUCUCAGCUUCCUCAAGUUUCUUAAGACUCCGUAAACAAGUAACAGUAAACAGCUUCAAUUCUGUCCUGUGGGUCAUUUCGUUGCCGCUGUUACGAGUCCUCUGAAGACAGUUGCUUAUGCUUCACUUUGUAAAGAUAGACACUGUAUAUUUUUACAGAUUUGGGAAAGUCUUUUUGUCACUGUAAAAUUGUACUUCACAGAAUGAUACAGAACACUUGUUUUAAUCAGACCAAGCCGGCAUUUGUUUAUAUUUCACCUUCCUUCAUUAGCACAGUGCAAUAUGCAUCCUGUCUGCUCUGGUUUCAUUUUGAUGUGUACAGCUGUAUAUGAAAGAAAUAUUUGGUGUGAUUGUUAGUGUUGCAUUUGUAAUGUUCUCAUGAAUUAAUUAUUUAAUAAAAAAAGUAUUCAGGUA